AUGAAGGAUGUGUUACAAUGGGCAAUUGACCACUACGUCAGUAGAGAUCAACUGGUGCAGAAGGGAAUUUGGAAAGGUGAACUAUACCAUGAUUCCAUUUUUAAGGAAAAUAGUAGAGGCUGGCUCUGGAAAGCUCUUCUACUGUGCGAUGAAAACAACAAUUGCUUGUUAACUGAGAAUUUUAAGGAUAUGGACGCUAAUCAGUUCGGCUUAGUGCCAGUGCCUAUACUGACAGAUGAUGAGGACGAAGACAAAAAAGGUAAUGUAAAUGUACCUAAAAGGGUAUUGCAUUCCAACGUUUCUUCCUCAAUGGGGAUCAGGAGGCUGACUCCCAUCGAGGCUAUUGAAGAACAUCCCUUGUCUGGUAGCAACUCGAAAACAAAAGGCUCAUCGUUCAAGGGAAAGGGGGAGAAGCCGUUGACGCUGAGGGAAACUCUGGAAAUUAUAGAUUUGGACCUCUCAAGGAUAAUGCUUGACGAUAUAUUCCAGGAACCCAAAGUACAUGCUCAAAUGAGACAGCUUUUGUACAAUUAUCUGCUGAUACAUGAAAACGAGCACUUGCAGUACAAGCAAGGGUUCCAUGAAAUACUAAGUGUCAUUUACCUGCAGUUGUAUCACGGCACGGAUCUUGAUAAUACCGAUUUGCAAAAUGUUCUGAUAAUUUUUAAUAAGCUAAUGAACCAAAUUGAACCGAUAUUUUAUAACGAAGAAAGUUUGAUUGACUGGGACAAGAAGGUAUUCACAAAAAUUUUUAGGAUUUGUUUACCAGACAUAUUUACUAAGAUUUUUUAUCAACCACCAAAAAAGGGCAACGGGAGGAAAAGAAAUACAAGUCAUCUGCUCCAUUCCAAUCUAAUAUGGCUUAUCCGAUGGACAAGGUUGUUAUUCUUAAGAGAAUUGCCUUUAAAGAAUGUAUUGAUAAUUUGGGACCAUGUGUUGACGUUCAACUACCCCUUGGAAAUUUUCAUUGCGUGCCUUGUCAUCACACUUUUUUUGUCCAUAUACGAUGAACUUCACGAGCUCGUAAAUCAAGAUGGCUAUGAACAUGCGAAUAAUAAUGAUGAAUUUAUCGAAAUGAUUUUACAUUUCAAGAAAAUUUUUCAAAGGAAAAAUGCGAAUAAGAAUGAUGAAGACUUCUUAGAGUUAUGUAGAAUCACGGGAAACUUAUGCGAACUGUGGUACGGAAAGAAUUAUGACGAUAUGAGAUUGAUUUGCGACACUUUUAUAAACGCGAAAUUUGGCAUUAAAACUAGUGAUGUUUUGAACAUGGAAACUGCAAAGUUAAGUAUUGACCCCAAUAGGCAAUCACUCGAAAACAAACUAAGAGAAAGGGUGAGGCAAACACUUUUGAAAAACAAAAAGAAAUAA